GGGAAUGGCAGAGGAUGAUGUAUGGAAGCGGAGGCGAGUGGGCAGAAAGCUGAGAACCAAGGGAACUUCAUCACUGUUUUGUCUGAAUAGGUGGGGUUGGAGUUUAUGGAGAGGGAGCAGAUUGUGGGAAGUGAAGAAAAAGAGGCUUGGUGUCUGUAUCGAUGCCAUGUUUCUGGGAGGAGAUUUCAGAAAACAGACUAGAAAGCCUCAUCUUGAGAACAGAUAGGGUGAAGGUACAGAAAAUGAAGAAAACCGAUAAUAUCAUUGCAGCAGAUCGGGUAGGAGAAAGAAUGAUUGAAGUGACUGUUAGCAUUGUUGCGUUUAUAGAGGAUGUCGAUGCCAAGUAUUUCUCAGGGAAGGAGUCAGAAAGAUGUAGCAAAGGAACUAAAGAGAUAGUCUAGACAAAUGUGAAGCAAGGAUGGAGGUUUGUAGUAGCGAUGACUCUUUUGACAAAUUCUGCAAGGAUGUUGGAAGUGCCUCCAUGCAGUUGUUGAUGUAGGCUAUGAACAAGGACUGUUUCAUAUAGUAAUUGAAAGACUGGCAUAGCUAGGGGCCAUGCCUGAUCUGUAGAACAUGGGAGGAAUCCAAAAGAGGUCAUUGAGGAUAGGAUCAAGGUCUGAGAGUGUUAGUAGUGGAGAUCGUAAUGGGCCCUUGUUCCAGAAAGCAACAGAGGGCUCAAAAAUAGGGGUUAGAGAUGUAUUGAAACUAGAAAUCCAUGAUGAGUCAAGAUGAGUCAUAUUGGACCAGGUAGCUGGAAAUUAUCAAAAUAGUGGAGGAUCUGAGAUAUGUGGGAAGGGUCCAGACAAGGUGAAACAGGAUGGAGUCCAGGUAUAAAGGAACUCUCUAUGGAGCAACAGCAGGUAGAAAUAAUGGCUUUAGCAAGAUGAGUGGUGACCUCAUUGAAACUUACUGCAUUGUGAAAGGCUUGGAUCGAGUGAACGUGAAAGAUGAGGAGUAAUUUCCUUAGUCAGCGGAUGGUGAAUCUGUGGAAUCCAAAGACAUACAGGUGUGAGGUUUAAUUGGCUUGGUGUAUGUAUAAAUUGUCCUUAGUGUGUGUAGGGUAGUGUUAAUGUGUGGGGGUCGCAAGUCGUCACGGACUCGGUGGGCCGAAGGCCUGUUUCUACGCUCCAUCUCCAAACCAAACUAAAUCUAAACUUAGUAGACCUCCUAAAAGCAUAAUCUCACUCUGAUGAGGAUUAAAUUUAAUUUGCCAAUGCUUCACCCAAUUUACAAAUUGGUCAAUAUUGUUCUGUAAUCUUUCACCAUCCUCUCUGUCACCAACUCUGCCAAUUUACAGCCACUUGCAAACUUACUCAUUAUACACCAGAUGUUCACAACGCAUUCAACAAACAAUAAGGCAACGCUGAUCCCUGAUUUCACCGUAGGUCAAAAGAUCUCCAAUCACAAAACAAUUCCUGCCAUCAUUUUUGCCUCCUUUUACCAAGCAAAUUUUGGAUGCAUUUUGCCAACUUGUUUUGGAUUCAUGGGCUGUAAUCAUUUGGACCAGUCAUCCAUUUGGGACCUUGCCAAAAGACUUGCUGAAAUAGCACAAUAAUCAACACACCUCACAUUUCCCACAUCCUAUUCCGCGUACAUCCAGUACCACUCACACUUGCUACUGCCCUCAUGACUCCUUUGACUGUGAAUAUAGACUUCAGAUUCCAGUCAUUUGAAGAAUUCACACCAUUUUACUGGCUUAGGCAGAUAGAGUUAUCGUGCCAUCGAGUCAUACAACGUGGAAACAGGCCCUUCAGCCCAACCUGCCCACACCACCCAACAUGGCCCAGCUUCACUAGUGCCACCUGCCUUGGCUCAUAUCCCUCCAAACCUGUCCUAUCCAUGUACCUGUCUAAAACAUGUAUAAACAUCAUUAAUUAUCAUUUUGGCAUAUCCCACCAGUCAUGGUAAAACCUUGAUUUAGCUUGCAAACAAUUUCUUAUUAUAAUGGAUAAUGUUUUAUUGCUGUUCAUGCAAAGGUUUAUUUUGUUGUGUAUCUUUUAGUAAACUUGCUCUGCUCCAAAUUGCAGGUGAAAAGGUCUUAGACCUUGAUAAUGAGGAUGUGACAGUCAUUACUCAUUUAUCGAAUGCACACGGUGCCACAAAACAAUGUCCAAACGAAGAGACACGUGACCUUUAUUCCCUGCAAGGCCACCUUAAGUUACCCCAGCUCAAGGAUGCAAUCUUGAAAGAGGCACAAAAUAAGUUGAAUGUUUUAAUUGACGAUUUGAAAGACAAAUUUAAUUGUGAAUUUGUCAACCUUCCUCCUGUGGCUCUGGAGAUGGUCAUUGAUGCCAAACUUCAGUCUGCAGCAAUAGCUUUCCAAAGAUUGCAACUGGCCUUCAGCGCAGCCAUUGGUUUAUCUGCAGUUCAGCUCUUGCAAAGAACCAGAAUCUUGAAACAUCGGCAAGAGCAUAAAAAAAGUUCAACACCAGCCCUUAAAAGUGCAUUUAAAAGUACUCUACGUGGGGAUCCUAUGAAUAUAAACUUCCACCAGGAAACGUAUAAUGUGGAAGCACGCCAGCGUUUGCAUAUGGGACUGUGGCUGAAGUGUCGUUUGGCUCUAGUGACUGCCCUGACUGCUCAGAUAUAUGGCGUGGGACUAAAGGAAGAUGUGGAGGGCAGUCUGGAUACCUUUGCGAUCUGUGAAGAAGGGAUAAAAGAAGCAAAGGUCUAUGGUGAUGUCGAGGCACAAACUGAGUUCAUGCUGCAGGCAGCUCUACUUGAUUUCCGGCUGGGAAAUAUUAACAAUAGCAUCAAGACACGUUUACAGAAUAUAGUGGAUCUACUAAAUUCAAGACACUUUAAUUCACCCAAUGCACAACUGCUUCUUGCUCAGAGUAUCCUUCAGUUGACUGACUUGAAUACAUUGGAAUCGAUGUGCAUUGUGAAACCUGCUAUCAUGUGGAAGAAGAUGGAUACUUGUCUCUCGGCCCAGAAAUUAAUUCUUGACCAGCUUGUUUUACUGGGAGAAACUUUAAAGCAUGAAUCUAAAGGAGAUAUCUAUUCCUGUCCAGCACAACCAAUGAAAAAUAUUUAUUUACCACAUAUUAUCAUGAUGGCAAAAGUUAAACUAAGACUCGGGAAUGUUGCCGCAAAAUUGGCAGCAUGCUCAGACAAAAAGAAGUUACCAUCAUGGCAUGAUGCACUUUCCAUGUACACCAAUGGUCUUGAGCUGUGUAAAGAUGCAGUAUCUCAUGAGUCUGAUCUAGAGGCAGACCUCCUGUUACAAAAAGGAAAAAUACUGCGCCAGUUAAUGGAAUCACAUUAUUUGGAAAGUCUCGAAGCUGCUAGUUUUUUGAUGGAAGCAAUCAAUAUUUCUUAUUUUCAUGGGCAAAAUACCUGGCUGAUAAGGCAGUCAUAUUUGGAACUUGUUUUGUUAUACCUCCACCUUACUGAUGAGGAUGAAAAAGAAGCAGAGAGAAGCCUUUGGCAAGUCCAAACAGAUAACAAACUAUCUGUGAAAUCAGGAAUUAUUUUAAUAUCUAAACAGUCCAAAAAAAAGAUAACUGGCCAAGGAAGACUGAAAGAAAUAUUGCAAGUUGUUUUGAAGCAGCCUUCAAAAUGUAAGAUUCUGGCAUGGGUUGCAAUCAGAGCUGCAAAUCAGGCCAACUGUAUCUUGCACAGUUCCCAGGAACUAACACGGGACCAGUCAAUUAGCACAGAACACAUGGAAGACAUUGUCCAAAAUGAUUUGCCUGAAUAUAUGCUUUGGGAUAUUUUGGCAUCACUUCACGAUUACCAAACAGAAAAUGACACAUUAUUGCCAAGCUUAACUACCAUUCAAGGCGAGAAAGUGGAGGAAGAGGAGAAGCAGCAGCAAGAGCAGCAAGAGCAGCAAGAGCAGCAAGAGCCAUUAGAAUCAAUUCAAAGUGUUGAUCCAAUAGCACCAUAUAGAAAGGCUGCUAAAAAGUUGACCUCCGUCCAUCUCCUUCGUUACAAUAACCACCUCCGGAGACUGUACAAUAUCGUUCUGCUUCCAAUUCAAAGUGAAAAAGACAAUGUCGAACUUCCUCAAUGCAAGCUUCAUCACGUUGAAACACAAAAGUAUGAAGAUAUCUGGAAGUAUUCAAUGAAUAGUGCCAGAGAAGGAAUUCAUACAUCGGUUUUUAACAUGGGUAUUUUGCAACGUCUAGAACCAAUGCAUCAAUUUUUUAUCAGUCAUAUACCGGCAUACAAUAGUUCUUGCUGCGUUGAAGCUGUUCCUAUAAUCCUGUAUGAACUCUUUGACAAGAGUUUUAGAAUGCCAGAUUUCCAACCCAAGAUUUACACAAGUGUCUUUGGUGAGCAUACACUGUCAACACCAGAAAACAGCUACAUCGGUCAAAUCACAUCGAAGAUCAGUACGGCAGUGCAUUCUAAAGACAAAGAGCUACGAGUCCAAUGGUUCAUGCCACCUUUGGGAGUGUCCUCUUCCAUUUGUGACACCCAAAAGAUCUUAUUUUUGUACGCCUAUAACGUAAAACCGAUUACACUAAUCAGCGUCAGGACCAGCACCUUGACUAAUGGUUUCUGUGGUUACAAGUGGAUUUAUUUAAAAAGACUAAUUUCGUUGCGCAAGAAACUGUCUGGAUUGAUACAAAAGGCUGAGAUGUACUUGCAACCGGAAAUUUCAAGAUCUGCUACAACCCAACGCAGUUUUCACAGACUAAGGCAAAGGUACACUCGAACAGACUCUGCAUUGAAUAUUAGAAAACUACCCACACAAACAGAAGAGAUGGCUAUAAACAUAUGCAGAGAAAUAAAAGAAAUGUUUCUUUCUGGAUCGGUCAUCAAGCCAGAAACAGAGAUUCCCUUUGACAUUACCGCCGAGACCCUCAAGGAACUUGAAAAAGUAUUUAAUCCUGGCUCAGGAUUUGUUCUACACCACGGGAGUUUGUUUAAGUGGUUGAUAUCCUUCAUCGAGUCAGAUUGAAUUCGCUGGCAGCCUCCCAGCAGAUUGUUUUCUUUUGAUUUUAUUCUUAUACUUUUACAUUGCAUCCAUAAAUUAACAGAGGGGCCAAACUGAACAUGCUUCUGGAACUUGAUUCACUUUAUCACUUCUAACAGAUAGAUCUGUAUUAAACCAUUUUUUAUUUUCAAACUGUUGAAUAAAUUGUUAAGUAAACUUCCAAUCUACCCAAUAGUUUUAGUUUGUGGUCUCUAUGUUUCAGACCACCAUAUAAUUUCUAAUCCACAUUUUCUUUGUAUGAGAAUCAAAUGAGUAUAAAAGUUGAUGACAUAUCUUGAUUAAAAUAGCUGCAUUAUUCUAUUGCUUUGUUGACUUUCAUUACCUAUAAUUGUUUGUUCACAGAAUAUCAGCCAAAUCUGCUUGACCCUGUGCUCUCUGCACGCAUUUCUAAUAUCCUCAGGAACUGGAAGAAAGAUCCUAGGGUUAGCAUCUUAUCUGAAACUACAGUGUUAUUUUAGAUAGACACAAAAUGCUGGAGUAACAGCUGGUCAUGCAGCAUCUCUGGGGGAAAAAGGAAUGGGUGACAUUUCAGGCUGAGAUCCUUCUUCAGACUAAGUAUGAGGGGAGAGGGGAAACUAGAGAUAUGAAAAGGUACAAAGAACAAAUUAAACACGAGGGGGAGAAGCAAGAGAGGGUGUUGCAGAACUCUCAUCAAAGAGAGAAGGAGAACUUCUUCAAAUUAGGCAUACCUUAGAAGACACAAAAAGCUGGAGUAACUCAGCGGGUCAGACAGCAUUUCUGGAGAAAAGGAAUAGGUAAUAUUUCAGUGCAAAGUCCUUCCUCAGGCUGAGAGUCGGGGGACAGGGAUACUAGAGAUAAUGACAUACCAUCUUAGAUUCUGUGCAACUAUAGGAUUCAAACUCACUUUCUGAGACCAUGUUCUGGCUUAGGCUUAUCAUUGUCACGUGUACCAAGGUGCAGUCAGAAGCUUUGUUUUGCACGCAACCUAGGCAGUACCCAAGUGUCUCCACAUGUUGGUACCAAACAGUCCUAUCUACUGCCUGCCGCUACACGUAACAGCAGCCCUCAACCCCAACCAGUUCCCCUUCGUUCUUGGGGCCUGACACGCCCCCUCUUUGUUCACAAGGAUAUCAGCAGUCCUCAUCCCACAAUACAAUCUGGGAGACCUGUUGGUCAGUGAAUAACCUAAUUAGCACAUCAUGACCCUGCCCUGUACUGAACUACACCCACAACCUUCAAUGUCCCUGAGAUGUCCAUCAAUUGGUGGCCUAUGCCUCUCCCAUCAAUCUAACAACAUAAUGCUCACCUCGCCAAACUCCUCCCCUCCCCAGUGUACAGCUGCCUACUUUAUCCCACCCUGAGCCCCCAGUCACCUCAUUCGCAAUGUUGACCAACACUUUUUCAAGCACUUUUUCAGGCA